AUGAUGGGAGACAAUUCAACUCUGAACAUCUCUUCUCAAGUGACAGGGCAGUCCUCGCUGCAGGGAGCAUCAAUCGGCAUUGCCGUGCUCUCGAUUGCCUUCAUUGUGGGUUUCCCUGGCAACGCCUUCGUCGUGUGGAGCGCGGGCUGGCGUGUCCGCAAGCGGACAGUCACCUGCCUCCUCAUCCUCCAGUUGGCCAUCGCUGAUUUGAUAGUGCUGCUCAUGGCGCCCAUCUUCCUGCGGGUGCUAAGCGUCCGAAAGUGGGAACUGAGUGAUGCUAUCUGCCGUGGAUGCCACUACAUCUGCGGGGUCAGCAUGUACGCCAGCGUCUUCCUGAUUGCCCUCAUGAGCUUGGACCGCUGCUUGGCCAUCUCCAAGCCUUUCCUCUCACACAAGAUCCGCAACAAAAAGACCAUAUGGCUUGUGGUUUUGGCCAUCUGGCUCUCUGGCGUUCUCUUGGCCAUCCCGGUCCUCCUCUACCGAAAGGUGUUACCAGGAAAGAAUGGGCAGCCUCAUUGUGCCUUUGACCACCCCACAACCAAAGAGCUGGUCUUCCACAACCUCUUUGAAACCAUCACUGGAUUCCUGCUCCCUUUCAUCACCAUCAUCUACAGCUACUGUACCAUCGGCCAACGACUGAGAGACACCCGCUUUCGCCAAAAACGCCGCACGGGCCGCCUCAUCUCUCUCAUCGUGGUGGCCUUUGCUGUUUUUUGGCUCCCUUACCACGUGGUCAACCUUCUGGAUGUCACCGGUAUCUGGAGCAACUCUGAAAAAGUAAAGGCAAUCGGAAAGAUGACUCGGCCCGUGUUGAUCGCCCUGGCCUUCUUCAGCAGUAGUGUUAACCCUAUCCUUUACGCCUUCAGUGGAGGCUCCCUCAUUCGAUCUGCUGGCUUGGGCUUCAUGGCCAAGCUCUUUGAAGGAACCGCCUCAGAGUUGUCCAGCGCCAAACACGGUACCAGCCGGGACCCUCAACGCCAUAUGGAAACCAAGAUGGACCGCGCAGGGAAUGGGAGUCCUGCACACUUGACCAUGUCUACCAACCCAACGGGUGAAACAUCUGAAGAACGUGCAGAAACUUUGAAGCCCCUUAAGUCACCCUGAGACGCUACCAUUGAUCUCCAUGUAUCUGGUGCUCCCAAGAUCUCAGUAUCAAGCAGUGUUUUUUAAAAUACAUGCAGUGGGCUUUGUCACUCCAUAUUCUCAACACUUCCUCCUCAUCUGGAAUAAGCCCACUCCCUUGGUCUGUAUUCUACAAUGACCAGAAGGCUUGCUUUGGAACAUGGGAGGGCCAUGUUCAAACCCCCCACUUGAGCCUCAGGUUUUCUACCUGGCUUGGAGCAAAUUGUUUUCAUUCAGACCAGCUUCCCGGAAGCGUGACGUGAACUCCUAAAUCAGAACUGCAAAUUGAAAACGUGUUAAAGAUAUAUAAAUAUGGUAAACGAGGGCCAAAAUUUCAGCGCCUCAGCUAGCGUCAGAUGUACUUUUAGUAUUGAUUCGGGCCAACUUCUUGGACACUGCCCGGGGGAAAGGCAGGGUCCAGACUCAAGUCUGCAUCAGAGGCGUCAUGGCCUGACUUCUACUCUCCACAGACAUCUCAAAGUAGGACAGGGCUUAGGGUCGCCAGCUGUGGUUGGGGAGAUCCCUGGAGAUUUGGGCGUGGAGCCUUGGGAGGGCAGGGUCUGGGGAAGAGAAGGAGGUUGGUGGGUGCAAUGCCACAUAAUCCACCUUCUAUAGCAGGCAUUUUCUUCAAGGGGGGGGCUGAUCUCUGUCACUGGAGAUCAGUUGUAAUUCUGGGAGAUCUCCA